CCGCACGCACUCUCUCUCUCUCUCUCCUUCCUUCUAUAUAUAUGUAGACGAGCCAAAGAAGGCUGACCACGCCUCGUCUUCAUAGGCUUCUGCUUCGGUGUGUGUCUAAAUCCUUGCGAGGAGCGAUGUCGAGUUUGAUAAACAAGGCGAAGGAGUUCGUGGCGGAGAAGAUAGCGAAGAUGCCGAAGCCGGAGGCCUCCCUCGAGAGCUUGUCCAUAAAGAGCUUCACCCGCGACUCCAUCCUGUUCCACAGCGAAGUCGCCGUCCUCAACCCCUACUCCCACUCCAUCCCCAUCUGCCAGCUCUCCUACGCCCUCAAGAGCGCCGGCAGGGAGGUGGCGUCGGGGACGAUGCCGGACCCGGGGUCGCUGACGGCGAGCGCGGAGACGAAGCUGGAGGUCUCGGUGAAGGUCCCCUACGACUUCCUGAUAAGCUUGAUGAGAGACAUCGGCCGCGACUGGGACAUCGACUAUGAGAUGCAGGUGGGGUUGACCAUCGACCUCCCUAUCAUCGGCGACUUCACCAUCCCGCUCUCUACCAAGGGCGAGAUCAAGCUGCCCACCCUCUCCGACCUCUUCGGCGGCGGCGGCGGCGGCGGAGAUGAUUAAGCAAGCUUCCAUCUUUUGUGUGUUCCGUUUGGUUAAUGUGAUUAAGAAAAUGGAAGUCAACGCUAAAAAAGUGUUGUUUUUAGGUCACUUGUAUCCGAUAUGAAUCGGAUGGUGAAAGACUAUAUUUAUAAUUCAUGUUAUUGCAGCCUAUUUGGAAUGAAUAUUAAUUUCGAAUCUGA